GGUAACGGACCAGUAAAAGUCACUGGACAGAUCACUGGCUUGGCGGAUGGAGAGCAUGGCUUUCACGUCCAUGAGUUUGGAGACAACACCAAUGGGUGCACUAGUGCUGGGCCUCACUUCAACCCCGAGCGCAAGCAGCACGGAGCUCCAAGUGACACCGAGAGGCACGUGGGAGACCUGGGCAAUGUGACUGCCAAGGGAGGAGUGGCCCAGGUGGAGAUUCAGGACUCUGUCAUCUCCCUCAGUGGCCCUCACUGCAUCAUCGGGCGCACCAUGGUGGUCCAUGAGAGAAGGGAUGACCUGGGCAGAGGGGGAGAUGAUGAAAGCAAAGCAACUGGAAACGCUGGGCCACGUUUAGCCUGUGGUGUGAUUGGAAUCGCCAAGAGCUAA